AUGGCUGCCGAUUCGGCGUCGGAGACCGGUACGGCAAGCAAGAGUGGGCUAGAAUCUUCUCAGUCUCAGCUUCAGCACUCCGAUGAGUUGCAAAAGUUGACCAAGGUGGCCAAUGCGAGUCCAGAAACCACUUCUCUAAACAAGGACACCGGCGUAGAGUGCGGCCCCGUCUCGUCAUCGCAGGAUCCACUGUCCACUACGAGUGCCAAGCUGGUAGUGCCUGUCAGCAAUGGUAGGACCAUCAAGGAUAAUAUCCCAUCUCGACCUUCGCCGUCCGCAGCUUCGCAGCACCCUCAGCCGCUCUCUUUGCCCAGUCCAGCCUUGUCCUCCUCCCUGGGCCGCACGAGCAGCUCCACCACCACCACCUCUUCCUUGCGCCCCUCUCAAUCUAGACUAGCUGCAGUAGGAGGUUCGAGAGGUGGUGUGGGAACGCAGUGCUCCAUGCCUGUCAGGGGAGAACAGGACGAUGCGGCGGAUGCUGUGCUGAAGUUGGAACGCAUGAUUCAGCUGCGUCAGCAGAAGAAGAGGUGGAGAGCUGCGGCUAGCGUUGGAUUGAACAAGCUAUCUAGACGGUCAGGCGCGACGCAGCAUCAAGGUGAGUGGGAGAUGUCAGAUCACUAUGUGCAUACAGGCAGGAGUCUUAGCCUGGCAAAAGGCGGCAGGGAGACAAGUGCGGCUCAUCAUCUUGCGUUCUGCAUCUGCCAAUGCGACCCAGAUGACUCUUCUUCUGAAGAAUCGGACCACGGCUCUCCUUUCGGAGAAGUCAGGCUGGCGAUCUCUAGUCUUCCCGACUUCCCAGUCAUGGCGGUUCGAGGAGCAGCUCACCGUGCAAAAGGUCUGGUAGGCCGAUCGGGCACGAUUACUGGUCGAAAGGGCUCCCCGGCCGGCGCGGUGCCGCAAGCCCAAGACGCCAGCGAGGGUGCCAACGUGCUGAGCGACACUUCGGACAGUGCGGCAAUGGAUGGUGGUGCGGCCAAUUUCCGCUUCGGCAGAAGGAGAGCAAGUCAAGGAGUCUUGUCGCCUUCGUCUGCUUCAGUCAAGCGGGGCAGCAUGUCUAGCAUAUCCAGCCUUCAACCACCACCUCCCACCUUACAAAGCUCGAGCAGCGCAGGUCCCGUCUUGAUGCGCCCAGAGCCUUUGCGUCCCAGUAGCAUGGAAGUUCCAGCAAUCGAAUUGUCGCGGUCAAGAAGUGGCGGACCAACUAGCUCUGUCAACGAGCUGCAUGCCGUGAAUGAGGAGGAUGGCAAAGACCAUGCGCAGGAGACGCCUCUUGUACGCGCAACGCCUCUUCCGGACGUCAGCGAGCAGCCGCUCCAUGAAGAGAGGUACGCAGAGCAAGCUAGCGCCGAACAGGUGCGGGGGUCAACACAAGAGGUGCGUGCUGGCGCUAGCGCGGCCGAGGGCAGCACAGAUACGCGCCUGCGUCGACCGACCCUCCUGGUGCAGAGUCCCACCGAAGCGCAGCUAUCCUUCUCGGCACUGGACUCUUUCGCGCCGUCGACGGAGGCUUCGCAGGAGCUGAUCGCAAUCACCUCCUCAGCUCACAAGCCACUCGAUUCUGCGACGUCUUCACAAGGACACACUAGCAUCAUGGGUGGAGCGCUUCACGAUGAGCCAGAGGUGGACAGUGACGGCGUAGUGUUCGAAGAGUCCAGCAGCUCGUCGGAUGAGCGAGAUGAGCGACAAGAUGUUGCAGCUCAGGCAGUAGGGGAUGGCUACGAGUCUGGAGGAUCUACUCCUUCUUCUGAGGAAGACGAAGACAAAGUGAUGUCGCUGCAACUGGAGCAUGGCUCACAGAUGUCCAAAAAAGACGCUAAGCGCCUGUUGCGCGAACACAAGAGGGCUGCACGCGCGGCCAGAUCAGCAUCCAUGAACGAAGGCAGUCUUCGUGGAGCCGCACUGGCAAGGGGCGAGAGCAUCUCUGAUCGAGUGCGGGGCGGACUCAAGUACGCCACUACGGAAUCUCGCAAUCGUAGAGCGAUGGAGCGCUUUUCUCCGGCUGUGAACCGCUCUGGUGCUACUUCGCCCGUCACUGGUGUCGGCCAGGGCUCAAUGAUGAACCCCACAUUCAGCGAUCUUCGUCGGAAUGCGACGACUUCUCGGAGCACCACACCGCUAAACGGGAUGCAGCUCGCUUCUAGACGGGACUCGGCAGUCAGUAGCCGUCGCAGCUCCGUCUCCGAAGACGCUGCGGUUCAGCCCUUCUCGCCCACAUUGAGCGAGAAUGGCGACCGGUGGACUUUGUCGGAUUUAGGCCGGCACCUACCUCAGCGCUGGAACACGUCCAAAGGAAGUUUGCUGGGCAGUCAAAGCGGCAAGAAUCUGGGUUCAGUCAAAAGCGUGCGUGGACAUCGAUUGUUCAGCUUGAGGAGACGCCAUCGCAAAGCGGAUGAGAAGGAAGACGUGGACGAGGAGGAGCCGCCUUCCUCGCCCAAAGCGGAAGAUCCUGCGCUGGAGCUUGAACGCGUGCUAGGAAAAUUGAUUGCGCAGCAAGCUCCGGAGGAGUUGAAGGAAAGGUACGAGUAUGAUGUACUGCACGAGAAUCAGCGCGGUCUUUUGGUGUUUGGCAUUCCCAAAUUCAGUGCGAGGACGCUGCUCCAGUGGGACCCUGCGGCGUGGACGAAUGCGAAGAAUAGAGACUCGCCGUACAGCAUCGUCAAUGCGCAGCUGCCUGAUCCGUCGUGGGAAUGGGUGCAUCCCGAGUGGCUCAUCGACAUGUCUGGCGACGUCGACGAAGCCGGCUGGCAGUACGCGAAUAAUUUCGGCAAGUCUUGGAUACCUCAUUUCAAGCGUCCUCGUGGAGCUCUACCGCGCGCUGGAGUCGUCGGUGCUAUCGGGAUGAACGAAAGGCUUGCGCGUGAAGAGCAAAAGGAUCAGGAACGUGCCAGGCAGAGGGAAGAUGAUGGUUUGGAAGCUCUCAAAAGGUCCGCCCAGGCUCGUAGCGCCAAAUGGCGCGCUGAAGGCGAUCCGGGCACAUUUGUCAGACGAAGACGAUGGAUCAGACUGCGCAGACGAAAAGCUUUGAAUGAGACCGCGCCGGCCAGAACGCCGAGAGAGGAACCUGAACAGAAAUCUAAAGUUUCUUCGGGAGAUUGGUCAAGGUUGGUCGCACCUCCCAAUAAGUCUGCAGAUCCCUUUCAGAGAUCCGAGAAGGUUUUGGCGAGCAAAAGAGGCACUGAGAGUCACCCUCAAGUGCUUGAAGAUUCAGACAGCUUGUCGAACCUCGAAGAAGAUGAACAAUCGGAAUCGGGAGACUCAAGCUCGUCGUCAGAGACAGGCGUAGAUGGCUUCAUGCCCCGCUCAACGCCGAAGGAUACGGCUUUAGAGACUCUUGAGGAGCUGCAACAUACCGACCCGAAAGAGUACAAGAGGCGUAUCAGGCAUCAGCGAGAAUUCACCGGCACUAUUCGUGAUCUAAAGACUCUGCUCCCUGCAAUCAUGCACAAAGAGCGCCAUGGUCACUCUCACUCGUGGUCUACGACUACCAUGAAACAGCAACAGGAGAAAGAGCGCAAGACUAGCUUUUGGACGCAGGAAUUGGAUGCAAGGAACCCUUUUAUCUCUUGGAAAUUGGUCAAGAAGAGACUCAACGAUGCAGAUCUUGCCUUUGCUUCCACUUCUCUGCGCGCCCGAGAGCGCAGACACGCUCGACAUCUCUUGGUUAGCACUUCUUCUGCACGGCAUGAUGCGCGCGUUUUUGGCGGGGCGAUACCUUUUGCUGGCGAACGUGACGUGCAGGGAGGAGCGCACUCCGAUCAGGCUCAUGAUGCUCCCGCCCCUACCUCUCCUUUUGACGACUUGACCAGAUCUGCACUGGUGGAGAUUAAUUUCCGUCGGGUAGUCAGAGUACUCAGGGCGUGCAAGCUGGACAGACAGCGUCUGCAACUUUGGCAAUUAUGGCUAGGUUGCAACACGUCGGAUCGAUCGCGCACGCGUCCGACUAUGGACGGCCCCGAAGAGGACAUCGCGUCAAGCUCGAAUCAAAAGCUAUCAUCCGGCAAGAAGCACACAGAAUUUGGAUUGCCGGAUCCUGUGGAUGUGUGGGACGUGUUGGAACGCCACUUGGACUUGGUCCUACUCCUGUUUGAAUUUCAGGGCAGCAGAGCAACUUUGAUAAGAUCUUUGCUGAGCUUGCAUGCAGAAUCGCACCCCUUGCACAAGUUCAGACGGACGUCGUGGACCAUUGGUGCGCCCAUCGAUGGCGUCUUGGCUCAUCCUAAUGCUCCACCCGCAUUGGAUCCCGACAGCAACUCGCGCUUUGAGGGCGUGUCAGCUGGUCGACCAGCUCAGCAUGUUGGUGCGACGGAGGAAUGGCAAGCGGCAGAAGUUCCUCGAUUGGAAUUCUUUUCGGACUUGGAGGCCAUAGCUCGUAGCUAUCUCGAAGAGCCGCCGCAAGGUGUAGCAGCUCAUCAAAGUCAGCAACAGAGAGAAGCUCCCCACCUGCAUAGCCCAUCACCGGCAGGCCUACCAAGCCGCGAUUCGUGAGUCGCCGUUGUUGCAAAUUCUUCUAAGCGCCCCUUUGUUGACCUGAGGGCCGCGCUGAGCUUAUUCAGUCCUUCUCAUUUUACUCACCGACGAUAGCAGUCCCUUUGGCAUGUCGCGAUCACCGCCACCCGCCUUGCGCUUUUCUCCAGCCUCUCGAGCACAUACGCCGUUGCAGCAACUUCUGUCACCAUGA